CGGUCGCGUACGCGUACGAAUCGAGUCGCGGAUUGAGUUGUGUCCCGUGAAAGCCUCACAAAGCUGAACGGCAGAACGAGCUUCCGGACCGGUUCACGAGUGUGUGCGUGAACUAACACCACACACCGGCACAGGUCGAGUGGAAAGCUUUCGGUGAUCGUCAUCCCCAUUCAGUGCGGCGCAGCGCCGACAACUCGGGGGUGAUUAGGCUGAUCGUCGUCCGUUUACAGAACGCAUGUUAGCUUGAAGUGGAUGGUAGCUGUUUUGAAAUUGUGCUGCCCCGUUUUGGGAAGUGUCAGUGUCAGUGUUCGUGUUUCGAUAAUAAUUGCGCAGAUUUGUGCUGUCGUGAAAUAUCAAAUAGUAUAAAGUGUCGUCAUGCGAUGAAUCGGAUCGCGUAGAGAAGGCAAAAAAAAUGCAAAGUGAUGUCAUUUUCUGCAUGGUAAACAAGCAGUGAUCAAAGAAGAAAAAAAAGCUCAUUCAUGGAAGUACCAUCCAAACAAGUGGCUACCAAAGGUAGUCAGACCGUCGGAUACUUGAGUGAAAGUGCGAAUGGCAACAUUAUGCAGAGAAUUUCUUGGCCGGUUUGGCUGUCAUCGGGACUGCUGAUAGUGGUGCUUUUCUUUAGUACAAUCAUGCUAAUGGUAACGGUAAGAUCAUCUCCGCAUAAUCAGUAUGCUGCUCCUCACGAAAAGCCGAUCCAAUCAGCACCGGAGGUGCACCCGCUGGUGCGGACACGACAAGUCACCACCACUACCGAGAACACCAGCGAUGAAGUCGUGCAAACAAGGAUACAGGAAGUUUUCAAACGACCAGGUUACACCAACCCCGACCCAGACCCGGAGGAUUACCCCGAGGAAACGGCGACUGCCGUCACGACUAGACUGGACAGUCCCAGCAGAAAUCGAGUGCGACGGCCAGUGAAAAUCGGUAAGGAUUUUGACCCGAAGCAGUCCUAUGUGAUAAAGCACCAGAACGGAUCGAUUUCCUACAUAUUUCCUGAAUCCAUCUCCACACCACUAGUCGAUGUGGGAGACGCCACGGAGAAGCCAAAUAAACAUGUGACGUUCCGAAGUAGGCGUUGUUUGAACAAAAAUUGCACAUCCAGCGCCGAAUCGAACGAGUUUGUUUUCCCGGAUGGGAUUCCAGCGUUGGAAAGGAUCGAGUGCGGCGGGGAUGAUUUGAUCUGCAGCAACGUAACCAACUACCCAGAGGAGAAGAUCGACGAAAUAAUGGCCCAGCAUGGGCUUCGGUAUAGUGCGAUAUUUGGCAACGAUGUUGUGAUUCCCAACGGGGACAAGCUAAUGCAGCGGUUCGAUUUUCCCGAUGAAGAGUUCCUGUGCGCCAGUGAGGAACGGCUGGUCCAUCCGAAGAGCGGAAAAAAUCAGCAAAACCAGGAGGUGACGAUCGUCAAUACGGCUACCUACAUACAGGGUGUGCGGGUGGAGACUUGUCGCUCAUCCGGGAAAGCGUGCGAUAAUAUGGCAUCCGGUAGUUUGUACAAAACCGAAUGCCGGCAGCUAUAUCACUACCGGACGUUGCUAGCAAUCAAUCCGAUCAAUAAUCAACCUUACAAGGAGCACUUCAGGCUACCGUCCUGCUGCAAGUGCGUACGAAUAAGCACGGCCGGUGCGCUGCUGCGGGAGCAACGAAACGCAGAUGGGCUGUGAUUUGCUGCUGGAUGUGCACACGUUUUGAUUGGUUUUUCAUUUCUCUCUCUGACCCAGAAUUCCAACCGGCAGCAUCCGCAGAUUUCAAAUCUGAUUUCUCAUUAUUAGGGCAAUGCGGUGAAUGGCACACAAAGCCAUAGAGAGAGAGAGAGAGAAAGAAGAAUUUCAUCUACGGUAAGACGGCGGAAAUAUGCGAAUACCAAGACAGGCAAAUUCGAACGGAACGUUUACUCAGGAUGUGAUCGAUUGAUGAUUAAACUAAUUUUAGUGCGAAGCAAAGUUCGCAUGUACAAUUCUAUUAAACCAAUAGGCCAUAUAAGUGUAGAUUUUCACAGCAGAAAGUGAUUGGAAAAACAAGUUAAUAAACAUGUUGUUAUAAGAAAAAUGUUAAAUGGUUA